CUCAGACUAAAUACGUUUGAGAGUCAUAAGACAGUCACAAGACAGUCAUAAGACGGUUUGUUGCAUGAUGGUUCGUGCGUUGACGGCUGCCGCUGCCUUUUACUUCAUUUUCAGCGCCCAUGUGCUUGGAGUAACGUAUUACCCAGCAUUUCCCAGACAAUUCAGUGGUGGAUAUGAUGACAACACGGGUUGGAUUGCAAACGUUUCCGUUGAACUUACAGAGGAAAAUGGACACCACCUUGUCAAAGCAGACGUCGUCCAGAAGGGAUCACCAAGUUAUGCUACAGACGGCCACUUUAUCAUAUACAGCAGACCACCUGGAGCACUGAGAGGAAUGAGGGCCUUCAAUCACACCAUCCUCUUCUACUUGACCAAUAACACCUGCACAUACACUGCGAGUAUUCCCACACUGACGGCCGAAAUGCCAUUCGGAUUCGCAAAUCUACUCGGAUUCAACAUGACCGAUGUGUGCGUCGGCUGGCAAGUUUGCAGCGGAAUGAAAUACCUAGAGACGUUAAUUUACUUCAACAAGAAAACUGAUGUAUGGUUCAAGCAGAUUCCAAACGCUUCCGGUCAACCCGAUAACAUCACAGUAUUAGUGGAUAGUAAAACUCAUAUUCCAAUCACAGCCACACGAGUACAUCCCGGCCAUCCCGGCACAUUCGAUCCACCGAGAACGAUUAAAACAUUCGAUCUGGUCACAUCCGAAUCUCCCAAUGCCCAAUUCACACUGCCCUCUCAAUGGCAACUAAAAUGCCAAAAUUUAGACGCCAAAGUGUUGACCGACUCACAGAGUCUCUUCUAUGUAACACCCAAAGGUGGCGACUUCCUUCACGUGUGGCUCUCCGAUAUGCCCGUCGAAGGAAACGUCACUGUAACAUUCCAUGUGAAUCCGAUUCCUCCCUGUCCAUGUACAGACUGCAUCAUGUUUAAUCCGCCUACUCUAACGUUCACGUCGAGCAACUACACGCAAGAGCAGGUGGUUGAAUUUGUCUACGAGAAAGACGGAGUCACCAAUUUCAUGUUCACCGUCGACGGCGGCGGAUAUUACAACCGCGGCUCGAAUAAAGAAUACGGCACCAUCUACACUUGCCACAAUGGAAUUCCUCGAAAAUCGUGUCCAAGCAGCUGGCAGUAGAGACUUGGAGAAAGUGUGACUUCGUUUUUGUUGUGUCAUUCUGAAUGCAAUGAGGUAUGCCAUAAUUCGUAUAUAUGGAUGGCUGUAUAUCUUAGAAAUUAGGUUUUGAAAUGUGAGGCUGUAAACUCACGUUUACAAUUUUUACGUAUUAGGCGCAUAGACAGUACAGCGAAAUCUGAUUGUGUGUUUGUAUAGCAACGUAUGCAAUGAUUACAAAGAUUUUAUGCUCAU